AUGGUGGGUGAACUACUAGGAACAUGGAAAUCCAUUUCAUGUGAAAAUUUUGAAAAAUAUAUGAAAGAGCUGGGAAUAGGAAGAGCAAGUAGGAAGCUGGGCUGCCUGGCAAAGCCCACCGUGACCAUCAGUUCAGACGGAGAGGUGGUUACUAUAAAAACCAAGAGCAUCUUUAAGAAUAAUGAGAUCUCCUUUAAACUUGGUGAAGAGUUUGAAGAAACCACACCAGGUGGCCAUAAAACCAAGAGCACCAUAACCCUAGACAGCGACUCCUUGGUUCAAGUUCAGGACUGGGAUGGCAAAGAAGCCACCAUCCGGAGGAGGCUCAUGGACGGCCAGAUGGUAGUGGAAAGCUCCGUGAACAAUGUUAUCUGCACACGGAUAUAUGAGAGAAUGCAACCAACCUCAAGGUCUUGGCACUGUCAGACUGUGACCCAGACUGCUGAGGCUGCUGGACUAGAACUCCAAAGUGGAAUGUCAUGA